CAUAAUCUUUCUUUAUGGGCCUUUCCCUGAAAUUAAUUCCUGGUAGAUGGUAUAAAAGACCAGUUCCUCCAAGGAGAGCAACUCCCCGGCUGUCACAGGAGGCCAAGGCACUUGACAGUGAUGAGGGUCCUUUUCCAUCUCCCAGUGCUUUGGGCUUCCCUGAGCUUGUUCCAGGUUGCAGAAUCUGACACAAAUGAGCAGGCCACCCACACCUUCACCAUCUUUGAUGCUGUGAGUCAGGUCAAGAUCCGGGUCAACAAGGCCUUCCUGGAUUCCCGGACCAGGCUGAAGACGGCCAUGAGCUCUGAGGCGCCCACCACCCGACAGCUCUCCAAAUACCUCAAGCACGCCAAGGGCUGGACCCGCAUGGCCAUCCGCCACGGGCAGGUGUGGGAGGAGUCCUUAAAGAGACUGAGGUGGAAAGCGACCCCGACCAACGUCACAGAUCCUAGCCUGAACUUGACUGUACUCUCUCAGGAGGUGGGCUGUGGUCGCCCAGCUCCUAUGGUGAAAUGUGAUGACAACAGCCCUUACCGCACCAUCACGGGAGACUGUAAUAACAGGAGGAACCCCGCCCUGGGCGCGUCCAACAGGGCGCUGGCGCGCUGGCUGCCGGCAGAGUACGAGGACGGGCUCUCCCUGCCCUUCGGCUGGACGCCGGGGAAGACGCGGAACGGCUUCCCUCUCCCGCUGGCCCGUGAGGUAUCCAACAAGAUUGUAGGCUACCUAAAUGAAGAGGGUGUUCUGGACCAAAACAGGUCCCUGCUCUUCAUGCAGUGGGGUCAAGUUGUGGACCACGACCUGGAUUUUGCCCCCGACACGGAAAUGGAGAGCAGCGAGUACUCCAAAGUACAAUGUGAUGAGCACUGUGUCCAGGGAGGCAACUGUUUCCCCAUCAUGUUCCCGUGCAACGACUCCAAGGUGAAGACUCAAGGGAAAUGCAUGCCUUUCUUCCGAGCCGGGUUUGUCUGCCCCACUGCACCUUACCAGUCAUUGGCCCGAGAGCAGAUCAAUGCUCUGACCUCCUUCCUGGACGCCAGUUUAGUGUACAGCCCUGAGCCCAGCAUGGCCAGCCGCCUCCGGAAUCUCAGCAGCCCACUGGGCCUCAUGGCCAUCAACCAGGAGGCCCAGGACCACGGACUGGCCUACCCGCCCUUUGACAACAAGAAGCCGAGCCCCUGUGAGUUCAUCAACACCACUGCCCGCGUGCCCUGCUUCCUGACAGGAGAUUCCCGAGCCUCAGAGCAGAGCCUGCUGGCCAUUGCCCACACCCUCCUUCUCCGAGAGCACAACCGGCUAGCCAGAGAACUAAAGAAACUCAACCCUCAUUGGGAUGGAGAGAAGCUCUACCAGGAAGCCCGGAAAAUCCUAGGAGCCUUCAUACAGAUUAUCACCUUUAGGGACUACCUACCCACUGUGCUAGGUGAUGAGAUGCAAACGUGGAUCCCUCCAUACCAAGGCUAUAACGAAUCCGUGGAUCCCCGAAUUUCCAACGUCUUCACCUUCGCCUUCCGCUUUGGCCACUUGGAGGUCCCCUCCACUGUCUUCCGCCUGGAUGAGAAUUAUCAGCCAUGGGGUCUGGAAGCAGAGCUCCCCCUGCAUACCCUUUUCUUCAACACCUGGAGGAUAGUCAAAGAUGGUGGAAUUGACCCUCUGGUGCGGGGCCUGCUGGCCAAGAAGUCCAAAUCGAUGAAUCAGAAUAAAAUGAUGACGGGCGAGCUGCGCAACAAGCUUUUCCAACCCACUCACACGAUCCACGGCUUUGACCUGGCUGCCAUCAACAUACAGCGUUGCCGGGACCAUGGGAUGCCUGGGUACAACUCCUGGAGAGGCUUCUGUGGCCUCUCACAGCCCCAAACGCUGAAGGAGCUGCACGCCGUGCUGAAGAACAAGGUGCUGGCUGAGAAGUUACUGGGUCUCUACGGGACCCCUGACAACAUUGACAUCUGGAUAGGGGCCAUCGCUGAGCCCCUGGUAGAGAGGGGCCAGGUGGGGCAUCUCCUGGCCUGCCUCCUGGGAAGGCAGUUCCAGAAGAUCCGUGACGGAGACAGGCGAGUGAGACCUCAGCGGGGAGGGCGCGGAGGGGCAUCCCUUCUCGGAGGUGGGCCGUGGGCGUCCUAUAGGAGGACUGACGCCAGACCUUGGCAUGUUCCGGUGACCUCCUUCCUUCCCCUCUGGUGGACUGGGGAGGGUCCAACAGCUGGGCUGUAUGGAGAGACCCUGCUUCUGUCUCUGCAGGUUCUGGUGGGAGAACCCUGGGGUCUUCACUGAGGAACAGCGGAACUCUCUACAGAAAAUGUCCUUGUCACGCCUUGUCUGUGACAACACCCACAUCACCAAGGUCCCGCUGCAUCCCCUCCAAGCCAACAGCUACCCACGAGGCUUCGUGGACUGCUCAGCCAUCGAUAAGCUGGACCUCUUACCGUGGGCCUCGAAGAGAAUUAGGGGCCUGGGCUCCACGGCCUCCCAAACUGUGCAGUAAAGCUCCCCUUGGUCCACGAUGCCAUUUCAAGCAAGCUCAGUGACCCGGUCCCUUAGAGCUCCAUACCCAGUCCCAGCCCUUCUUUCCAGCCGGGUCUCUCUACACUCCCUGGAUGCAUGCCUCGCUCAUGCCCGAGGCCAGCCCCCUCGGCCUCUCCAGCCCUUCCUCUCGAAUCCAUCCUCUCUGCCUGCGGAAACCCUCCUUUCUGUCAAGACUCCGAGAUACCCUCUGAGAUACCUUCCAGUCUAGCUUGCCAGAUGUCAGCCAUCCUCUCCCCUGAACAAGUCAAGGCCCUUACACCCUUCUCUCUCCUCCCCAUGAACGAGAUUGUAAACUCCUUGAGCCAGGGACUUCAGCCCACUUCCAAGUGUGUCCCGUGGCCCCCAGCAUGGCGCUCGGCACACAGUAAGUGCUCAGUAAACAUUUGGUGAUUGACUACAGAGGUGCUGGCAAUGACCUUGUUCCCCUCCCAAGCCAGGCCUUGG